AUGUCUGACGACGAACAACACACUUUUGAAACCGCCGAUGCUGGUUCUUCCGCUACCUUCCCAAUGCAAUGUUCUGCUCUAAGAAAGAAUGGUUUCGUUGUUAUUAAAGGUAGACCAUGUAAGAUUGUCGAUAUGUCUACUUCUAAGACUGGUAAGCACGGUCACGCUAAAGUCCAUUUAGUCGCUAUUGAUAUCUUUACUCAAAAGAAAUUAGAAGAUUUAUCUCCAUCUACUCACAACAUGGAAGUUCCAGUUGUCAAGAGAACUGAAUUCCAAUUGUUGGAUAUUGAUGAUGGUUUCUUGUCCCUAAUGACCAUGGACGGUGAAACUAAGGAUGAUGUUAGAUCUCCAGAAGGUGAAUUAGGUGAAACUAUGCAAGCUGCUUUCGAUGAAGGUAAGGACUUGAUGGUCACCAUUAUCUCCGCUAUGGGUGAAGAAGCUGCUAUUUCUUUCAAGGAAACUGCUAGAGGUGAUUAG